GCUGAUCCUUUCGACAAAACGAGCUCAUCACAUUGUUUCUUUUAUGAAUCUGGCAAAUUAUUCUUACUUCUCUGGCAUGUGCAACAUGACCGCUGAGACGCAGCACUCGCCUGCCGAGGCAAGUCCUGUUGUCAUGUCUCCAAACGUGAGCCUGGACUCGCCGCUGCCUCCGCCGCCUCUGAUGCUGCAGGCCCGGUCAAAGGACAAUGUUUUGAUCAAGUCCGAGCCCCGGGGGAGCAGCCCGAACACGGAGGAUGGAGCCGCUCUGGGGCAGACUGAGGAGCACCUGCCCACCGGGAGCCGCCGGAGAAAGAGGCCCGUCCAGAGGGGGAAGCCUCCCUACAGCUACAUCGCUCUCAUCGCCAUGGCCAUCGCCAACUCCCCCGAGAGGAAGCUCACCCUGGGGGGCAUUUACAAGUUCAUCAUGGAGCGCUUUCCUUUCUACAGGGAGAACUCCAAGAAGUGGCAGAACUCCAUCCGCCACAACCUCACCCUCAACGACUGCUUUGUGAAGAUCCCCCGGGAGCCCGGCAGACCAGGUAAAGGCAACUACUGGACGUUAGACCCCGCGGCUGAGGACAUGUUUGACAACGGAAGCUUCCUGAGGAGGAGGAAACGGUUCAAGCGCACAGAUGUGAGCACCUACCCCGGUUACAUGCAGAGCUCCAGCGCCUUCACCCCGACCCCGAUGGGCAGGCCUUCAUACCCGAACACCCUGUACGCCGGGAUAGGGUCUGGGUAUGGCUCCCAGCUGACUGCCACAUCCCCGCAUCCGGCCAUGCUGCAUCACUACCAGACCUCCGCCGGGGUCGGCCAAGGACAGCCGCGCAUGUUCAGCAUCGACAACAUCAUCAGCCAGCAGGCGGUGGUGCAGAGCGGCCCGGGGGGAGACCUCAACUCCCAGGCGCUGGGGCUGGGGCUGGGGGGAGGUGACCUGGGCACCAUGACCUCCAGCUGCUCGGUCACCGGCAGCGACCCGUCUGCGUGCUUCCAGAGCCAGACUGUCAACCCCUCGGCGAACAUGCUGAGCAGGAACAGCGGGAACCUGUCGUCCAACCUGGCCGCCGGGUACCCGUACUCCUCCUCGGCCUCUCCUCCGAACCUGCCCUCCAUGACCCAGUCCGGGUUCUCACCAGGGAGCUCUCAAGUGUACUGCUCCGGGAAUCGGCUGUCGCUGCCGGCUCUGCGCCCGGGCUCCUGCGCCGAGCACACGGAGCAGCUGCUGGGCCUCUCCGGCCCCAUGAACUCCUACAACAACACCUACAUGAGACAAGCCAACUUUGCGUCAGGACUGGAGCGGUAUAUGUGAGGCAUUAUUUGCCAAAUUAAUCAUAAUUAGGCUAAUUAAAUGCUACUAAAUAGUCUCAUAUUAAAGGAAUAAGAGAUUAAAGCUCUUACAGCCCUGUUAUCAUAACAUACAAAUAAUAUUACAGCCCAGAAGGCCUAAAAAUUGCCUACUAUUAUGUCACUUAUUAAAGCAUAGAUUUAUAUGUUCCUGUAAAAAAAUAUUUUAGCCAGGAUCAAACAAAAAAUAUAUUUUGACACCAAAUGACCGAGCCUCGUGAUAAAACAUUCCUAUUUUAAAAGCCAUUUAGAUCCGUGUGACACAUUCCAUGAC